AUAUUGAAAUAGGAUGAAACAUCUUUUUUAUGUAUAGUAUUCGAUCCUGACUCGUUCGAUGAUGUUGUGAUGGUCGGUAUGAUAUGAUUUUUCCAUGAAACCAAAGAGAGCAACUUGUUUUGCGAAAGAGAAAGAAGAAAGAGAAAAUAUCUUACAACAAGUUGGUCUCAUUCCACCGCGACUCACGUUGAAAACAACCACUUCUCAAGGCAGUCAGAAGAACAACGGUGUUCAAGUUUAUUAUGCCACCCAAUUCAACCACUUGCCUAUUUCAAGAAGAACUUUAUACGCACUCAAAGAUAGCGGUUAUCAACAAUUAACUGCUAUCCAAAAAAAGGCUUUGCCUUUAGGUCUACGUGGAAACGACAUAUUGGGUGCGGCUAGAACAGGUUCGGGUAAAACUUUGACCUUUUUGGUACCCAUAUUGGAACACUUGUGGAGAAUGGAUUGGACAAGUUGGGAUGGUCUGGGUGCGUUGAUUAUAUCACCUACGAGAGAAUUGGCAAUGCAAAUAUUUCAAGUGUUGAGAAAAGUGGGAAAGAAUCACUGUUUUAGUGCAGGUUUGGUGAUAGGUGGAAAGGAUUUCGAGGAAGAAAGAGAAAGAAUUGGUAGAAUGAAUAUCUUGAUAGCAACACCAGGUAGACUUUUACAACAUAUGGACCAAUCGACUGACUUUGACUGUUCUCGAUUGCAGAUAUUGGUUUUAGACGAAGCUGACCAAAUAUUGGAUAUGGGAUUUCAGAGAACCAUCGAUGCUAUUCUAAGGAAUCUUCCAAAACAAAGACAAACGCUUCUCUUCUCAGCAACACAAACUCGUUCGGUACAAGCACUGGCUCGAUUAUCGCUCGAAGAACCUGAAUAUGUUGCCGUAUAUGAAAAAACGCCACAAGAAGAAGAUUCGAAGGAAAUAGAGUCAGAAGUGGGAAGAGAGGAAUCUUUUGUAGAUAUUCCACUUUCAUUGAAACAAUCUUAUACUGUUGUUCAAGCACCUGAGAAACUCAAUAUUUUGUGGUCCUUUAUAAAGAGCCAUAUUCGUUGCAAAAUCAUUGUCUUUCUUGCAAGUUGCAAACAAGUUAGAUUUGUAUACGAAGCCUUUCGACGCAUGAAACCUGGUCUAGUAUUGUUGCAUAUUCAUGGAAGAAUGAAACAAUCCAAAAGAAUGAUCAUGUAUCAACAAUUUUGUGGACAAUCCUAUGCUUGCCUAUUGGCAACAGAUGUGGCAGCACGCGGAUUAGAUUUCCCUCAAGUGGAUUGGGUUAUCCAAUUGGAUUGUCCGAGUCACGUGCAAAGCUAUGUUCAUCGAAUUGGUAGAACCGCAAGAAUGAAUCGGUCAGGCAAUUCUUUAUUAUUUUUGCUUCCUAGUGAAUGUGUAUUUUUGGAACGGUUGAAAUCCCAUCAUAUUGAACCCAAGAAACAUGUGGUGAAUAAGAAAAAGACUCGAAAUAUAUCAGGCACAUUGGCAAGUUUGAAUGCGAGCGAUACAUCGUUAAAGUAUCUUAGUCAACGAGCACUUUGUUGUUAUAUUCGUUCCAUAGCAUUGGAAGGAGACAAAGAAAUAUUUGAUGCCAGUCAAUUGCCUAUGGAAGAGAUGACUCGUGCAUAUGGUCUAGUGACAUUACCUAAAUAUACGAUACCGAAAACAGUCGUCCGAAAUCAUGAGACAAGUCGCAAUGCUUUUGGUUAUCGUAGAGAAACUACUCAAGAAGCAAUAGAGUUAGAGUUGGAGAAACCAAGUUUACAUUUAUCCAAGGAGAAGGAGGAGGAGGAAGAAGAAGAAGAAGAAGAAGAAGAAGAAGAAGAAUGGUUGCAUCCGGUUGAUAAGGAGAAAGAAGAAGAGAUGGAGCUGGAUUCCAAUUGGAAAGCACAAGAGUUGGAGUUGGAACAAAGAAGACUUGAAAGAAGAGAGAAGAAGGGCAAACAAAGUAAUCAAAUAGGGUCUCCGUCAUUACUAGCAGAGUUGGGUGAAAGUGAUGGAAAGGAAGUACCUAGUACCAUUGACGAAUAUGCUCAACGAGUAAGAGACAAGUUACUACCACAACUUGAAUAUAUCAAUCAAAUAGAACGUAACAGAGUAAGAGAAAUGCAUAAAAAGAGAAAAUGGCAAAAGAAGAAUGACGAAUAAGAAUAAAAAUCCAAUCGACACA